AUGGCGCCGGGCACAGCGGCCGCCCUCGCGGCGUGCCUCGCCCUCUGGCAGCGCGGAGGCGCCAACGUGGUGGUCCACCCGUCGCUCACGGACUUCUUCGUGGAGCGCAUCGGGGAGAACACCUUCACCUCGUUCGACAACGUGAUUAGCAAAAGGCUGGCCUCCCCCAGCUGCUCCAGCUCGGCCGACACGAGUUGCCACCUGGUCCGCGCGGGGGCCCUCGGCUGCCCGGCUGAACGGGGCGGUGAGGAGAAAGAAGAGGACACCGCAGAGCAGGCAGCCAAUAGGAGGGGGAAGGGGAGGGGGGAAAAAAAAAAAGCCACCUACACCGAACAGGACGACGAGAAGUACACCUAUCUGCACACCUCCCCCUUUUACGCAACUGCAAGGGGGGUAAACGGGCCAACUGGAGUGGGGUGGCCAAUGGGAGUGGAGUGGCAAACGGGAGUGGAGUGGCAAACGGAGGAGCCCUUCAGGGGGGAGAGGGAAGCUUUGAAGGAGACAGACGGGGGGAGCGUCUGGAAGAAGGGCUUCCAAUUCCUGGUGGACGUAUUCGCCUCUCUUACGAAGACGAAGCAGCGUCAGGUGAGCACCCCGAAGAAGCUAGCUCCCUCCCAUUUUAUUAAUUACCGAAGAACGAGUAUACUAGGAGACGCCUUCGCAUCCCGGGAGGGUCCUACCAAAUACAACUUCAAGGGGCUGUUCAUCGGGGAACAUUUAAAUGACGCGAAGAACUUGUCUUUUCUGUCUCCCCUUUCGUUAGCCAUUGAGGAGGUAAAUUUUAAUAAAAUCCUCAUGCAGGCGUGGGACGUGGAUCCCCACCCGAGUUACGUCUUUUUGGAGGGCUCCGACGUACUGGGCGAGGGGAAAAACAGGAAAAAGGAAGUCGCGGCAUCCCCUAAAGUGGGGGUAGCCGCAGCUCCAUCUGCUAGUGAAGCCGGCGGCUGGGUUGGCAGCAUCAACUCGGUCGCGGACCUCCCCAGUGAUGGAGCACCCACCGGAAAUGGAGGACCCACCGAUCGGACGUCCCCGCCGCAAACCAACGUCACCCCAAGCACCAUCAGCAAAUUGCUAAGCACCUUAAGGAUACCCCCCGAAACGAGCAACUACAAUGGGAUGGUAAAAACCAACAGGGAGGUGAAGGUGGGGAUAUGCACAAGGCAAAGUAGGGUAGGGUCCCUGCUCCCAAGUGUACUGAAGAAGACUCUAGUGAGUGGCUUCCCUUUUAUAAAGCGGUCUAAAGGGAAGGAGAAAAACUACCCCGAGUACCCCCCCUUCACGUGUGCAUUCUUCCGCUCCAUUAAACAUUCAGAGGUUUUCCUUUUUUUUGACCCAAUUACACCUCCUAGUGGGACCACCGCAGGAGGAAGGCACCACCCACCCUGGAGCAAUCAGACAGGGAGGGGAGCAAACCUCACGAAAGGUGUUUUAAAACGCCCAUGUAGUCUCCUUCAAAAGGAGUGGUCGAAGAAGAACCGAAACAAAGGACCCACCUGCAUGGUUUCUACGAACCCUUUAAAGAAUCUAAAGGUGCAUGCAGCGUAUCAGUACAAGAAGAAUCUCUUCAAAUUGCAUGCCGAUUACCAUGGGGUAAGUACCAACGUCAUGGUGGUGAGGAACUACCAGAAGAAGGCUCUCCUAGAUUUGAUUUUCCAAGUGGACGUGUGCUACAGUGAGAGAUACGUGCACGACAACGUCCAGCUGCGCUGCGUGAACUCCGGCGUAAGGCCCAGUUUGAUCUUGCGGGGGGCGUGGAGCUGCUGCGCGCUGGGGGGGGGAGAAGCAGUGCACGCGGUAGGUGAAGCAGGUGUAGCAGGCGAAUCGGUAGGCCACGCGGGGAGAGUCUACUGGCACGAACAAAUCCUCAGCGAUACGGUAGAACCCGCGCAGCGCUACAAGCGACUCAAAUCUUUUGACUUGAAGAACCCCCGAUUGGAGGAAAGCCGGGAGAGGACCUACCAGAUGAGCAGACACGUGCGCGAGAGUGGGGAUGUCCUUUUGCUUUCCACGAGGGGAUCCGUGGAGUUCCCACAGCCGGUCGUCGUCAGCGAUCUGUAUGUGCGUCUCCUCCCGAACCCGUUCUACAGGUCAGCCUGCGCAAAGGGGGGAAGUACUCAGGGGAUCACAUCAAAUCGGGGGAUCACAUCGAAGCAGCGUCCCUCCGCUGGGCUCAGUGCGGCUGGAGUGGACCACCCCCCCUUGGAGACGUGCACUCCGGGGAAGCCAUAUAACGUGCACGUGCUCUUUAACUUUUACCUUAACAGAAGCAGGAAGUACUCAGCGGUUCUGGAGAUCCACGUAGACGCCCUUCGCCGCUCAAACCGCUACCGACCCUACGUCGUUGGAAGCUCCCCCGGAGAAGUGAACCCUCUAAACGUGAUGACCCUCAUCAAAGGGAACAUAAGACACUACAGGGUUAAUAAAAUAGAAAUUGAGUACUCGCUUGCCCCUCACCCACUGGCACAAGGAGGCGCAUCCAUUCAGCGCAGCCGCAUGCCCUUCCUCGUUUCACUGUGCAGCCUGACGAUGAACCAGAGCCGGAAGGUCUAUAACUACGUGCCUACGUUUUUCGUUUCCAGGGGGGACUUCCUCCGGGUGCUCAGUCGCGUGGAGCCCAACGAGGGGGGGGGAGUGAGCGGUGAUAGCGGGGUUAGCGGGGUUAGCGGCGAUAGCGGGGUUAGCGGCACAGAAGAGGGCGGCAGCAAUGUUGCCAGCUUGAGCGUGCCCACCGCGCAGGGGCACCGCCCGGGGCGGCCCAACAGGUUCGUCAGCAGCACCUCCUUCACCAUCUUCACCUCGCUCAGCGAACCCCUUUUCUGGGCGCACGUACUGCAGCUGCGGUGCGGCGUUACCCAGUGCCAGUAUGAUGAAGCCACUGAGCGGUUUUUGGCCUCCCCCCAAGCCAGUCAAGAGGCAGCCCCCCAGAGGAGGCGUUUCCAACCCAACGCGAGCAUCACCCCAUCGGUGAAAGAAGAAGACGCAGGGGAAGGGGAAGACGCUCAGUUGAGCGAAAUGCAGAACAUGUACCUAAAAUUCCUGGAGGGGGGGCAGCCAGUUGAGGAAGAGCAGCAGGAGGAGCGACCAAGUGAGGCGGCCGCGCCCAGAGAAUCCGGCGAGGUUGACCAGCUUGGCGAGUCUGCCCAGUUUGGAGAGUCUACCUCAUUUGGAGGGGCUUCCCCGUUUGGCGAGGCUGCCCAGUUUGGCGAGUCUCCCCCCUUUGAGGAAGGCAGUGCGGCCAGUCCGCCCAGGCCGCCCCAGCUCCCCCCAGCGCCCGCCAAACAGACCGUUGCUUACGACAUGACCCACGUGCUUAACCUGGAGCACACCCAGAAGAGAUACAUCAUCCCCCCGUACCGCAAGGGGAUAUACGUCUCCCUGGAAGGUGAGAGGAACCAGUUCGUGUGGGACCCUAACGAGCACGCCCUCUACGUGAGGAGAAGCGAAACGGUGAAUAAGGCGGGUGAGGUGCGUCAGACGGGUGAGGCGGGUCAUACGGAUGAAACGCGUCAUACGGAUGAAGCGCACCUGGGGAGGGACACUAGAGACGCGUUGCCGGCCCUGUGGAUCUACUCAGCGCUGCUGCCCAUCGAAAGCGACUUGCUCCCCUUCGCAUUCCUCACCAAAAAUAAUUGCACCCUCAAGAUGACCCAAACGAAUGAAACGAAAGUCUUUUUUAAAAACAUCAUGCCGUUGACUCGUUAUGAUGAUUACACCAAUUUGGGGAAGAGGCACCACACAGAGAGGGUCAUCAAAAUCAGCUUCAUCGAUUUGAAGCAAAGUGGGUUCGCGUCGGAUCUGCUGGACCUCACCAUUGACAGCCAGCUGUACAGGGCCAAGGUCAUCGAGUUCCUCAAGAGCAAGUUCAGCACGGUGGUGCAGUUCGCCUCGGAGGAGGCGGCGUAG